ACUCCCAGACAAGAUGCUCAGUCGUGCGGCAGUGCGCAAUCACCAUGGACACGGUGCAGUACUCCUCCACGUCGGACAGCGACGGCGAAAGCAGCGGCAGGACACUCAACUUCGCCCGUCUACAUUUGGGCCUCGACAUUGUUGAAGACAAUCUCCUGCAGCUCUGUGAAGACGAGAAGAAGUCGCACGAGCGUGUUGAGACCAUCCUGUUAAAUCACAAUGAACUGGUGCAGUUUCCAAUCAGUUUGUGCAAGUUCACGAACCUGAUAACGCUGGACGUCAGUUCAAGUGGCUUGACGCAGCUGCCGGAUCUGUUCAAAUUCUGUGCGCUCAGCACGCUCAUUGCUAAGAACAAUUGUUUAACAAAUGACAGUCUGCCAAAGAGUUUCACCGCAGGUAAUCUACGGGAACUUAAUUUGAGUGGUAACCAGCUCACGCAUUUUCCCGAACAAGUGUUUGAAUUUGUUAACUUAAAAUAUCUCUACUUGGGUGGCAAUCGCAUCGGGACUAUAUCCAGAAAUAUCUGGAAACUAUCAAACUUACACAUUUUGUCUAUGGGUGGAAACCUUCUCACUGAAGUGCCCACAGCGCUUGGCUCGCUCACCCAUCUGCAGGCGCUAGUUCUCUGCGACAAUCUGCUCGAAUCGCUGCCUGCCAACAUCGCGUAUUUACACAAUUUAAAAUCUCUACUCCUGCACAAAAAUCGACUGAGAACGUUACCGCCUGAUAUCGUCACGCUUAAAAAUCUGACUGAGUUGAGCUUGCGAGAUAAUCCGCUCGUGGUACGUUUCGUCAGCGAUCUCACGCAUAAUCCCACAUCCCUAUUGGAGUUAUCAGCGCGUAUCGUAAAGGAACAUCAAAUUCCCGUUCGAGAAUGCGACGUUCCGCGCACAUUGUUUAAUUAUCUGCAAAGUGCGCAUCACUGUGUGAAUCCCAAAUGCAAAGGUGUUUUCUUUGAUAAUCGUGUGGAACAUAUUAAAUUCGUCGAUUUUUGCGGCAAGUAUCGUAUCCCCUUGCUGCAGUAUCUCUGCUCCUCGAAGUGUGUGACGGGUACGCCGGUGGACAUGGAGGCUGGACCAAGCCAUCUAAUGCGCAAGGUUCUUCUGGGCUGAGUGACAGACUUUCGAAACAUAUUUUAUUAUAUAGUUUGAGCGCAACUGUGUGAUUUUAUCUUUAAAUAUCAAUAAAAUAAGCAAUUGUACAUAAACUAGA